AUGGAUCGCGAACGCCAGCUAAUCCAACAAAUCGCCGCCUUACAACACGAGCUCUCGCAAUGUCCCACGGUCGCACGCCUCGAGCGCACCACGGCCUCAUGGCGAGCCGCCUACCAAGAAGCGACAGGCCAUCAUCAAGGAGUGAGCGCAGAAUGUGCUGCGUUGCGCAAGCGUGUCGCGGAGCUGGGUCAUGAGCUCCAUCAAGCCAGGCGCGCCAACGACGAGACAUCGAAGCGUGACACCGCGCUGCAGGCGGAGCUUGAGCUUGCACGUACGGAGGCGCGGAAGGUACCGGUUCUGGAACAGGUGCUCGUAGGCAAGAACAUGCUCGUCAGCCGCUACGAGGCUCGAGAGCUGCAGCUCAACGCCGACAACACAUCACUACGGGCGAAAGUGGCCAGGAUCGCACAACUGGAAUCCGCUCUCCUGAAUCGCGAGGCUGAAGCCCAAACUGUCGCCGCCUACGUCCGGGAACUUGAGGGCGAGGUCAAGUUCUUGCGUCACAAUAAUAGCUCCGCUACCCCCGCCCAGGUCGAUGCCCUCAAAAGCCGAGCAGUGGAUGCUGAGGACCGAGUUAAGCAGCUCAACCUCGACCGUGAAGCUCUUCGCCACCGGACAGGAGCAUUGGAGGCUGCUCUGAAUGCUCGCAUCAAUGCCUUCCGGGAUAACGAGGAGAAACUUCGUCGCGAAGCGGAGGGUCUUCGGGUGGAGGCUUUGAAGGUACCUGCACUGGAGAAGGCCGUUGCAGAACUUCGCAUACAGGCGCAAAGAGUCCCGGGAUUGGAGAUGGCGCUGGCGCAAUGUGAUGACCGAGCAACAUCCAUUGGGAACCACGCUCGGCAACUCGAGGACGAUAGAGCAAAACUGCUCCAGAACGUCGAUCUUGCACGUGUCCUUGCCGCGACUCAGACACGCCGUGCGGACGAUGCCGAAGAUCGUUUACAACGUUCUCAAACCGAGGUUGCCGCUAUGCAUACACGUCUGAGGGUGACCGAGAUCACUCGGGAAGGUCUCGUCGCGUGUGCAAAAGCCGCUGAAAGUCGCGCCCGGGCUCUCGAAUCCGUCAAUGAAGGCCUGCGUACUUCUGCAUCGGAGAUGGAGACAAGCCAUGAGGAGACGAUCAACCGAUCGCGGGAGAUUGAGAACUGCCUCACGGCGAGGAACGCCAGAGUCAUGGAGCUGGGAGAAGAGGUCCAAGCAUUACGGGAGGAGCUCCGAAAGGCGAGGGAGUCGCAACCAGUAGACAUGGAGGGAUACGAGCGCAUGAGCUCCGAGCGCGAGUCGCUGCUAUCGGGGAUGCGCGAGCUACUGCCGUCAGGAGAUACACCAGCACUUUCAGACGCCUCAGAGGUACUUCGUGCCGUGGAGGGCGAGUACGAUCGUCUUCGUGAGAGGGCCGCGAGCUUGGAACAACGAUAUGAUGCGCGCGCAUCGUGGUACGCUAUAUUACAAAUACGGGUGAAGGAGCUGGAACGUGUAUACCGGUGUUACUGA